UUGUGACCCAAUUGAUUACAUUGGUCUCGUGGACAUACACAAGCCUUAUUCCGAGCUCGUCAGUCGGUUAGAUGCACUGAAGUGCGAUGCACAGCAUCAGGAGAGAAGUGCGAAACCGUCCCCCUAGUGAGUUGAGCACCAUACCCAGUGAAAGCAGUUGGGUGUCCAGUUGGAGAGAGGAGACGGGGGGAGAAGAUGUGGAAUAUGAAGAGGAGGUUGAGGAUGAGUAUGAAUACGAAGACAGUUUUGAGGAAUAUAUCAGCGAGGAAGAAGAAAAGGAUGAAGAAGAGAGGCAACCAGUUGAGUGGACAGCUAUAGACCUCCAAAACGGUGUCAAGCUUCUUGUACCCGAAGUCGUAUCAGAAUUCAAGUGCCAAGCCGUCCCACUAUCAGCUGAGAGACGCACGGAGAUUCUGAUGCAGUUUCCACACUAUCAUGACGAGACCAUGGUCAGCGAUGUUUACAGAUUGGAAGGCCAGGAAAUAAAAUCUUUGAACUGCAAUCCAAAGUUCCUACAGAUCCCGCUCGUAUUGCCAACCACGAGACUCGAUGUUAAUGUCCUCUUCCGGUUCCACGUCAUGGUAUAUGGGGAUGGUGUUUGGACAUCAGUGCCGGCACAGUACGAGGAUAAUCUUCUGAAAUUCCGAGUAAAGUGUGGAGAGUAUUUCGUUGCUUAUGCGCGCCCAAUUCCAGAGUUCAAGAGAAUUUCUGGGAAUGCUUUUACCUUCGUCUCUAACAAGGACAAAUGCAUCAAAGUGCACAUUCCCAAAGGUGCUGUGGACACCGAGAUGACCAUUGCGGUUAAGGUACAGCCCGUGGACACAGACAGAUUGAAAUGGUACAGAGCUUAUGACCCAACAGCAUUUGAAGGGAUCUAUGCUCUGUCUGAUAUUCUGAGUGUACGACACAAAAUGGAAAAUGUAUUCAGAAUAGACACAUCUGUCCAGCUACCAAUUGCAGAUUUUUCAGAAGAGGAUUAUGAAUUAAAAGGCAUAAGUAUUGAAAAUAAUAAUUACGUCAUCAGAGACAUUGAGAAAGAGAGUUCCUUCAAAGGAGUUGCUGUGAUGCCUCACACCGUGAACAAUGAUACAAGUUGCCAAGUGGCCUGUGUUCGUCAAGGCGUAGCUUCAUCAGCCCUGAGAGAGGCAGCUCUGUUCCAGGCGAGAAAGAUGGACAUGUGUACUGUUCUGAUGUACAUCUCAAAAGAGAACCGUGACAGAUGGCUCACUGUUGAGCUUGUAGAAUCCCCUUCUGCAAACCAGGCAGCUGAAGCCAGGCAACAAAGGAACUAUUUUGAGAUCAUUGGAAGUAGGUCAGGGAACGUUCCGGUACAUCUGAUGGACAGGAUACGAGUGCAUCUGUCAGGAAACAUGAGGAGUGCAGAACAAAUAAAGAAAACUAAGUACACAUUUGAGUACAAAAAUCAGUUGAGGAAUAACUGCAUACAGUUCAGGACUCAGAAGGUAUCAACUGGAACUACGUACAGUGUUGUGGAGGUUUCCAUUGGAGCACAACGGGUUCUUGAAGUCCACUUCAACUAUCCCGAUAAAGGAUACAAACUAAAGGAAAUGAAUAUUUUAUGGCGACAUGGAGCAACAACAGAACAAACCCAAUACCCCCCUACAAGGACACCACCUGCUCAAGAACCACCUCCGAUUCCUGACAGCGAGACAGCGUCUUCAUCCGGUAGCACAAACGACACUGGUUAUAAUACUGAAGGAUCUGAGAGACACAGUGAUGCAUCAUCACGAAUGAGAAGGAGUGAAUCAUUAAAUGCAUCAAGUGAUGACUCGGGUGCAUGUCCAGCAACAAAUGAGGGGGAAUCUGGUUCCACUACAUCAAGACUAUCAAGGAGUGUGUCUCGCAAUCGACCUACCAGCGCGUGGGCUGAAGAGACUGUUGUAUCUUCCGCCCCUGAAUACGAACAUCCAGUUCUUACACAAAGGAGUCUCCUCGUGCUGGCAAGGAACGUCCCCUUGAGUGUCUGCCAGGAAGCCCUUAUCACUCUCGGCAUGAACCUUGACACAAUAAACAAGAUCAAGCAGGAUGCAAAGGAUGACGAUGUCAACGAGGUGUUCCUCAUCCUUUUGAGGUGGUACCAGCGCAUGAAAACAACUAAGGAUAGUGUUGAUCUUAUCAAGGACCUGGAGGCUGCCUUUAAAUCGGCUGGUCGAACAGACCUAUCUACAAGAAUUGAAAAUGUUAGGGAUGAGGAAAGAGGAUUUACUAACGAAGACUUUGCCUGACACCACUUACCUCGUGUCCACUUACAUUUGAAACAUUACGUAGCAAAUGAUGAUCUUAAAUAUGACAUGACGACAAAACACAACAUACAGUUAAGCAAAGAAUGUGGUACUUUCAACUUAUGGACUGAGAAUGAGUGAGUGAGUAUGGUUUUACGCCACCGUUAGCAAUAUUCCAGCAAUAUCACGGCGGGGGACACCAGAAAUAGGCUUCACACAUUGUACCCAUGUCGGGAAUCGAACCCGGGUCUUCGGCGUGACGAGCAAACGCUUUAACCACCAGGCUACCCGACCCUUCCCUGUACUGAAACCAGAAGAGGGGAACCACCUUCCAGUGACAGUGGCUGGUCCUCUUGGAAAUUGAUCCUUGGGAAAAACGAAAUUAAGGCAAGUUAUUGCUAAAGACGACAGACUAUUGUGGUAGCAGAACAAUGCGAAUGAAACAUAGAAACUAUGGGCUGCAAUAUUAGUGCAUACAGAUGUCGUAGUGGAAGUUUUCAAGCCGCGUUUAUCAAAUCCAUGUGUCAGGAAGGGUAACGGAAAGCUUCCCAGAAAAUACAACUCUACAAGGAAAGGUGCAACCGGCGCUACGGCUGUAACUGUAUCUUGGUUCUCUGAAUCAGCAAUGAUAUCAGUGGAGACAAAUUCCGGCCCUCCAAAAACUUAACAUACAACACUCGAUAGGGAACUGGGGUUAACGAAAAUAUUUAACGAAAUUAGAGAGAUGAGAGUUGAAGUGAACAAAAAAGUGAGCGACUGACAAGCAAGAUUGAUAAUAAGAGAAAAAGAUGUGAUUUGGUCAGCAAAAGAAAAUACACAGACGAAGAAAGCUAUUGAGAGACUCGAGUCUAAAUUUGAUGAUUUAGAAUGUAAAAACUGACGCAACAACUUGUUAUUUUACAAUGUGGAUGAAGCGGUCGGAGAAUCAUUCGAACAGUGAUCGAGAUGUAUAUGAAUGUGACAAACCCUGCGGAAUUCGUUACUCACGAAGACAACCAGGAACAUAUUUUGCGAUUAAGGUCGAAAUAUCUAGGAUGCCAUAUUGUUAUUUAAGGAUCCGAAUGGACUCACGGCACAUUUGAAAAAUUACAUAGCAAACGAUGAUCCUACAUACCUACCCCUGGAGGAAGACCUAAACAAUACAGAAGAUGGUGAAACACUGCGAACAUCACAUGACAAUAUUGUUAAUUCACAUGGAUACAUGAUUCUACAUGUAUGUAAACCAAAUGGCCUAAGGGUUUGUUAUGGCCGGUUAUUCGCUGAUAAAAAAAAAUAUUGG